AUGUGUGGUAUAUUAGGUAUCGUUUCAUCCGACCCCCAAGCCAAUGUGGCCCCAGAAUUGUUUGAAGGAGCUAUGUUUUUACAACAUAGAGGUCAAGACGCAGCUGGGAUAGUUACUUGUGGUUCAAAAGGUAGAUUUUAUCAAUGUAAAGGUAAUGGUAUGGCUAGAGAUGUGUUUACUCAAAGUAGAAUGAAUAACUUAGUUGGAUCCAUGGGAAUCACUCAUUUAAGAUACCCAACUGCUGGUAGUAGUGCUGGAUCUGAAGCCCAACCUUUUUACGUCAAUUCACCUUAUGGAAUUUGUCUUAGUCAUAAUGGGAACUUGGUUAAUUCCAUUGAAUUAAAGAAAUAUUUAGAUGAAACUGUCCAUCGUCAUAUUAAUACUGAUUCAGAUUCAGAAUUAUUGAUCAAUAUGUUUGCCUCCGAGUUAGAUAAGUUUAAUAAAUUCAGAGUCAAUAAUCAAGAUUUAUUUAGUGCUUUAACAGGUACUAUGAAAGCUAUUAGAGGUGCUUAUGCAUGUGUAGCCAUGUUAGCAGGGUAUGGUAUUAUUGGAUUCAGAGAUCCUAAUGGUAUCAGACCAUUAUUAUUUGGUGAAAGAGUCAAUCCUACCACUGGAUUAAAAGAUUAUAUGUUAGCCUCAGAAUCAGUUGUUUUAAAAGCUCAUGGAUUUGAUGAUUUCAGAGAUAUUAAUCCCGGUGAAGCUGUUAUCAUUCCAAAAGAUCCUCAUCAAAAACCUGAAUUCAGACAAGUGGUAGAACCUAAGAUUUUUGCUCCUGAUAUUUUCGAAUAUGUUUAUUUCGCUAGACCUGAUUCUAUCUUAGAUGGUGUUUCAGUUUAUAGAUCUAGAAUUGAAAUGGGUAAUAAAUUAGCUGCUAAAAUCCAAUCUUUAUUCUCCAAAGAUAUUUUAAAUGAAAUCGAUGUGGUUAUACCAGUUCCUGAUACUUCCAGAACUUCAGCUUUACAAUGUGCUGUAUCCUUGGAUUUACCAUUCAGAGAAGGGUUCGUUAAGAAUAGAUAUAUUGGUAGAACUUUCAUUAUGCCAGAUCAACAAGAAAGAAGAUCUUCAGUUAGAAGAAAAUUAAAUGCUAUGGAAUCGGAAUUCAAAGGUAGAAAUGUGUUAUUAGUUGAUGAUUCCAUUGUUAGAGGUACUACAUCUAAAGAAAUUGUGCAAAUGGCAAGAGAUGCUGGUGCUAACAAAGUUUAUUUCGCUUCUUGUGCUCCUCCUAUAAGGUUCAAUCAUAUUUAUGGUAUUGAUUUAGCUGAUACUAAAGCAUUAGUUGGUUUCAAUAGAGAUGUUGAAGAAAUUUCCAAGGUUAUUGGAGCCGAUUUUGUCAUCUAUCAAGAAUUACAAGAUUUAUUAGAUUGUUGUAAAACUGAUAAAAUCAAAGAAUUCGAAGUUGGGGUUUUCACAGGUAAUUAUAUCACUGGUGUGGAAGAUAGUUACUUACAAGAAUUAGAAAAGAUUCGAGCCCAAAAUCAAAGAUUGAAAGAUCAAAAGGGAAUGAGUGUUGAUGCUUGUAUUGAUGUUAGUGAUAUGGUUGAUGUCAAAGCUGAACUGGAUAUAAGUAUUUAUAAUAGAGGAGAUUAUAAUCCAUAG